CUCUUUGUUUUUAGCAUUAGCUCCCGUCAAGUCAAUCUCACAUCUGAGGGGGUUUGGGGAAAUAUGAGGAGGUUUUUUUUAAAGCCCAUGCCUCCUAUUUAAUCCCAUCCUCUGACUCUGAGCUGUGUGGUGGAGAGAUGUUGAGUACAAGGAAGAUGGAGCUGCUCAAAACUCUCAUCGGUGAGUGUUUGUCUGCAGCAGCUCAGGAGAUCUUCAGGAUCGUGGAGGGAGUGAUGCUGGAGUGUGAGGAAGAAGUAUCCUGUUCAAAGUGGGAGCUGGACAGUCAGUGCAGACUGAUGGAUGUCUCCAUGUCACACAAAGAAGGUCAGUAAUCCAGGAGCAAUGGGCUCUAUGCACAGCCCCACUACUUCCUGAAUUUAAGACAGCUCCUUUACUUCCUGUCUUAUAUUAUUGGACAACCUGAUCAACACAAUGAUCAGUUACACCUUGAAUAAUUAGUUUGUCCAAUAACGUAAGACAGGAAAUGAAGGAGCUGCCUUAAAUUCAGGAAGUAGUGGAUCUGUGCAUAGAGCCAAUUAGUGGAAAAGGUAAUGAUCAUAACAAUUAAAAGAAAAAUAUGAAUUAAAAAAAGAUGGGGUUAGUGCUGCACCUGGUCAAGAAAAAUGUGCAUAGGUUUUAGUUGGUGAUAUUCAGAUAUGAGGGAGAUAUAAUAAGAUUAAAGACUAAAAAGCGCCUGUUGUUUUGACCAAAAAUGUCUGGUACCUCAAUUUCUACCUAUUAAAAGCUUCUUCUUCUUCUCCUUUUCUUCAGUUACAUUUUGGACUGCAGAUUGUGUAGGGGAGGUCUUUUAUUUUUGGGCAUCUUUAAGAAAUGUAAGAAUAAGAAGAACUUUAUUUAUCCCCGAAGGGAAAUUCAAUUCUCUGUAGACUCAUUUGUCAUGUCAAUCUAAAAGUCAUCUACUAUUUACAAAAGAGUUGUUAAGUCUGAUGGCUGUUGGUACAACAACAUAUCUUUAUUUUGUAUUGAAAUGUCUAUAGUCUCAUUUGUCAUGCCUCUAAAAGUCAUCUACUAUAUACAGAAGAGUUGUAAAGUCUGAUGGCUGUUGGUACAAAAGAUCUUCUGAAUCUUUCUGUCCUGCAGCAAAGAGAGAGGAGCCGUCCACCACCAUUUACCCUUCGGUCAAUCAAGGUGUUGUGAAGUGGGUGAUCCAUGUUCUUGAGAAUAGUCUCCAUCUUCCUCAGUGUAGAUUUCUCCACCACAGAGCCAGCCUUUUUCACCAGUUUGUUCAGACGUCUUGCAUCUUUGUGUUUGAUGCUUCCUCCCCAGCAGACUGCAGCGUAGAACAGAACACUAUAGACACCACAGACUGAUCAAACAUCUGCAGCAUCUUACUACAGAUGUCUAUUGAAAUGAUGAUGAUGUCUAUUUCCCUCUCGUCCUCAGAUACUCUACAGAUGUGCUCCACCGGUUUGACGGUACAGGCCACCGAGCAGCAGCAGAAGCCUGCCAGUGUGGACGCCAUUCUGUCUCUACACAUAGAAAACUCCACUGAGCCAGCAGAGGAUCAUCCGGACAUGAACAAUAUUUGUGUUGAUUCUUCCCCUGACAGUGAAAAUGAUCCUCAGAGUGAUCUGGAGAGCCAGCUCAAUGUUAGAGAAAGUGUAAUAAAGCAGGAGAGUGAUAUGGACGUGCUUUUAAAUAUUCAGAAAAAGAAGAAAGUAUUCAAACAUCCAGUUUGCCGCAGCGGUUUAUCAUCCAAAAAGACGAUUGUGCAACACUUCAGGGGACAUCCAGAGGACAAAUCUUCAUAUCAGUGCCAGUUCUGUUCCUGCAGCUUCUUAAACAAGUCUGAAUUCAUCAUUCACACGAGGACACACCAAAGUCAGGGUCCUGAAAUGUACCAAGAUCAGAGGGGGAGUCAUCUUGGUGAUAAACAGACUCAAACAGAGAAGAAACCUAUUCAGCCCGUCAGUGAUUCUGAUAUAGAGACAUUUCCACUGAAUAUUCCUCCCUGUGAUAAAAAUGAGUCUGAUCAGGAGUCUCUGUGUGUUUACCAGAUCCAGACUGCCGCAGACAUUAAUGAAGACUUCACAGCUGCUAAAUCAUACAGUUUCAUAAAAACUGAACCAAAUGAGGCUGAGUGUGGAAUAACUGACUACACCACUCCUUUACUAAAUCCAGCUAAACAAAGAGAGACGGAGCCCCAACAUUUGGGUCCAAAUAAAACCCUGCAGAGGAGAAAACCCUCCAAGCUUAUUGGACAGUUUGAAAGAGGGGCGGCGCAGAAACCCUACCAGUGCCCUUACUGCUCCAAGUGUUUCUCUCUGACGACAACAUUGAUAAGACACAUGAACAUCCACACAAAGAAGAAACUGUAUCAGUGCCACGUCUGUGGACGAGACUUCUGUCAGAAAUCAGACCUGGUCAGUCACACAAGGAUUCAUACAGGGGAGAGACCGUAUCGCUGUCCGGAGUGCCACAGAUCCUUUACACAGAAAGGAAACCUGGUGGUUCACAUGAGGAAACACUCAGGAUCAGUGCCCAUAGUGUAGCUUAAUAACAGGUCAUUGUUAGACUUUCACAUGCUGAGACACAUAGUUUGAAAGUGUUUUGUGUUGACCAUAGACUGUCUUAAUAUGGACAACUUGGUUCUCCCUUCUGCCAGUAUAGGGAUUUGAAGCCAAAAAGCUCUCUGUAUUUCUGCGAUUUUACUCCACUUCCUGAAAACCAAUCUUGGUACAUCCAUAGGCUGUAUCAAGUGUCAAUCAUAGAAAACAUGAACCCUCUAAUAACUUUUAAAAACAGAGCUGUACAGGAAAAAGAGGACUUGAGCACAAACCAGUCUUACAAUAACUACAUGUCAACAUCACAACCAGGGGAGAUAAAAAUAUAUGUUCUGUGUGAUUAAUCUCAAAAGUUUGUCCACAGAUCCAUAGGGAUUGCUGGAGGAGGCGGGAUUUAUGAUCUGUACUGCAGCCUGUCACUAGAGGGUGCUGUUCUCACGGUGGCUUCACCCAGUGAGGAGGCAGAUGUCGUCCAUUUUACAUACAGUCUAUAGUGUUGACUCAAACUCUAAUUUAAAUCAAAAAGGUUUGACUUAACAGUAUUUGCAUUUGGUCCACUGUUAAUCGUUUCAUCAAGUUUAUCUAAGUUGUUUUGUUUGUUACCUUUAAUACAAAUUUCAAAGUUUUAUAUUUUGACCAUAUGAAGGACUUCUUUUUCAGGUUUUUGUUUAAGUUGAUAUUGAAAUUUAGUGAUUUCGCCUGUUCAAGAAUUAAGUUUUCUGGGAAAUUUCAGGCAAAGUUUUGCACAUUGUAAUCAACUCCAUUUCUCCUGCAUUAACAAUAUUUUACACAUGUUCCCUCCGACCUUUUUGGUUGAUUUGGAGUUGUGAAUCUGCCAGUCAGUGGAUCAACUUAAAUAAAAGUAAAAAGUACUUAAGGACAAACUGAGUGCUGAGUACUUGAAUUGAACAUGGGAAUGGUGGUAAAAAAGAAAGAUGUGACCCUCAAAUUAAAGUAGUACAAUACAAUUACUGACUUGACACUGCUCAAGAGUACGAAUACACUAAAAAGCUACACAGUUACAGUGCUGUCAGAGCUCUGAGUGCUGUAAGUAAUCAGCUACUUUCCACCCAUGGAGCUUGUGAAUGACUGUUUACACUUUUCACCCAACAAGCUUCUAAACGGGUCAAACUGGUGAUAGAGUAAUGUGCGUCUGUGGGUCUCUGUCAUUAUUUAGAUCACAGGUGUCAAACGUGGAACAAUUAUAUCUGGCCCACGAGAUCAUGUCAUAUUUGUAUUAUUAUCAGCCCACCAGUAUGAGGUCUGCGGAUUUCCUCCAGGAUAAUAAUGUAAACUUUAGCACCAUUAUUUCAAAUAUCCUUAAUAAACCAUGAAAAUCCGGGAAAGUACAGAGUAAGGAAGAUUUGAUAAAUAGUCAAGAAUAUGGGGAAAAAUUGUGUUUUAUCCAUAUUUCCAAUUUUGCAACUCAAGAUUACAAGUCAAACAUGAUUUGACUUUUUAUUUUGUGCUUUUAUUUUUUUUUCAAACUCAGUAUUUAGAUUUAUGUCAUAUUAAUCCUUUAGAUUCCAAUUUUAAAAUUUAAGUCAUAUUUUGAUUUUAAAAUUAUCUAAUAUUUUAACCGUUCAAACUUAUGAUUUCAACAUUUUAAAAGCAUUAUUUUUCUAUUUUUAAUGUUGUGUUCUGAUCUGUUGAGAUAAUCUAUUGGAUUUUUUUUUUUUUAAUCUCAGAUUGCCUUUAAAUUUAUCUUUUUUUCCUUUUUUUCAAGUGGUUUAUAAUCAUUGCUAAUUUUGUUUGUUUUAUAUAUUUUGAAGAGUAGGCUGACAGUUUGGGUUAAAUGUUGACCCUGUCUGGCUCUCAGGUUAGACUUAAAUCCAGAUUAUGGCCCUUGCUGUGGUUGAGUUUGACACCCCUGAUCUAGAUGCUACCAUGUGCUCUAUCAGUAUUCAGUCAGUUUUGACUUCAGGACUUUACUUGUUGCAUUCAGGUCACUGAUCUAUUCUGCUGUUCACAAUGUCAGGUCACUUUCUUCCCUUUAUUAGUCAGUAAAACUUAUUUUUAUUAUCUUCUAUCUGAAAAGCUGUAAGGGAUGAGUGUUGUUUCUACUAAAAAUGUGAAAUCAUCCCUCUCAUAUGAUCUUUAGGGGAAUGACUGUUAGUUAAAGCUGUGAUGCAUAUACAGUGUGCUCUUUGGUUUUUGUUUGUUGUAUGAGCAUGCCAUCAUUUUACGAUUAAAAGGAAGUGAUUUAUUAAUUUUUGCUUCUAGUUUCUUGUUUCAGUUUCCUCUGGGCCUUAGUCUUUGGUGGAGAAAGUUCUGGAAAUAGUUCCAAGUUUAUUUGUAUUUUGGAAAUUGCAAAUAAAUUGUUGUUGAUUGAGAAAGAAAACGCAAAGUAUUUCUUAAAGUUAACAACAGUUUCUUCUCUUUUUUAUCGAAGUAAACACACUCAGGUGAUCCAGUCGUUGAUGAAAAACACGGAUAGAUGUUUUCACCGAUAAGGAACAACCUGAAGUCAGAUUGCAACACACACACACACAUACCCACACACACACAAAACAACAAUAUAGUAGAGGAGAAUCCAGAUUCAGGUCUUUAACUCUAAGUGAUUAAUCGAUUGACUUCAGGUUGAGUGAUACAGCGAGACUCAGACUUUUGACACUCUGAACACGGACUAAGAAACAUUUUUAUACUGUCAACGGUAGAGUUUGUACCGGUUGCAACAUCUUAAACACAACAACUCAACGUUCAUGUUUCAUCUACACCUGUACAGAGCAGCUGUGUGUGUUUGUCCUACAGCGCCUCCACCUGGUGGACUCGAGCAAUGACCAUCAGAAACAGACACAGCUCACAUCCACUACAUUAUUAGGUGUCAUUUACUGAGGAAAGAUCAGAAAUUGGAGAGAUUUAGUGGAAAGACUAUUGAAAAAUGAUUAUCGGACUUGUUGAUUAUUUAACAUUAUCUGUAUUUGUUGUUUUUAAAGGGUUUUUCUUUUGUAACCCCUCAAAAAACUGCCACAAUUUGUGUUUUUAACAGUUUUUUUCCACUGUGAUCAUGCAAAAAAGGCCUCUCCUUUAAUGAUAAGCAUUUUUUUAAGUUUAACUGAAACAUGUUGAAAUUCAUUAAAGGGGUCUUCUUCAUUUUCUCUAGCAGAGACUUGGCAACCUUCAAGUUUCAAUGUAACUUUAUUGUCAGUUCUGCAAUAUGUGUAACACACACAGAGUAUGAAAUUGUAUUACUCGAGGGCCCACAAUAUUAUGAUUAACAUUUCAUCUGUAGAAAUUAAAGUGAUCACAACCUGAUCUCUAACAGAUUUUCAUACCAACCAUCUUACACUCAAAUAUUUGGCAUAUUAUCAUUGAAAUAAAACUAUAUGGGACAAUAAAAGAUAUGUGAAAGCUACCUUUAAGGUUAUUUCAUAAACAGAAAAAUAUGACAUGUCACUGAUGAAGACUUGAAAAUCACACCGCUAAGUAUUUAGAGGACUGCAGAGCAACCUGGACACUCCAGCACACAGCUAAACUCCAACUUUAAGGACUUGAUCCUCCAUGCUGUUCUUCUUUUUAAAGUGAAACAUUAUAAACAGGAAAAUAACCUGUUUUGGGUAAAUCAGCUUUUUUUUGGGUUGUUUUUUUGUUUGUGUGUUUUUUUUUUAAAUUUAAUUUAAUUUUUUAGGGAUGGUUUGUAGAGUCACUUGGGAAACCCAUUUUGCGAAAUGUUGACUGAACAAAUAUGUGGAGAGUUAUAGUUGGAGCCUCUACAAUACACCAUGCACAUGGAGAAAAAGUUUGUAGUUUCAACAUCACAGCAGCUUGUCAGGCUAAUUUUAGAUUCCCUUAAAUCACCUGUGUACAAUCACCGAUAGUCUAAUUGGUUUGAUAGGCCGAUGUGUCCCAGUGGCCUUUGAGCUGGAACAGCUGCUCCAAUCAGAAAAACAAUUGACUUUACUCAAUGUGUUCAAGAUAAGCCUCUGGUUGACCCAGGGAUGCUUAGGAGCUUUGAACCAUUUUUCUUUUGUUUUUGUCUCUCUGAGGAAGGUUUCUUCUGUGCCACUCUAAUUUUCUAAACGCUGAAAGGUGCUCUGCUUAUGGUAGAUUAAGAUAAGACUGAGAUUUAUUAUAUCAGAUGAGAAUUAAUCUUAUCCUACAGUGAUGUUGGCAUGACAUAGAACUGAUUUUUAACUCCACUUGCAUACAGAUAUGUGAAUAAAGAUAUUAGCCGCAUAAAAAUAUUUAAUUUUGUAAAAUAAUAUGGAGAUUUUACAUGACUUUCCCACUUUAUUCUUAUUUUUAGAUCAUAAUCAUGCAGUUAAUUAAAAUGUGAUUCACAAAACAAUUUUGUAUCAGCACACUCAGUAGCAGACAUUUUGGGGGUCAGGUGCUCAGUGAAAAAUAAGGUCAGGUACAUGUUGAAUGUCAUUGCAUAUUAAUCUAUGUGAAUAUCUUUAUAAAAUUACUUGACCUUUGAACUGGUACAGUUUCACACGAUAGCACUGCUCAGUCAAUCACUAUUGUUUUAGUUCUUUGGAAUAAACGCACAUGGAGAAGUUUUAAGCAAGUUACAAGCUACAAUGAUAGAUUAUCUAUCACUAUGGUGGAUUUAGACAGACAUGGAACUUUGUUUUCAUUUUAACAUAUUUAUUUUUAACAUUUCAUUUCUUUGACAUACAGCGGAUACAUCAUGCCUUUCUUGUUUGCCCUCAUUUUGGUCAUCAGACAGCACUUCUGAUUCUGUGCAUGGACUUGGUGCUGCUAUGGACUCUGCUUUAUCUGUAGAUGACUCUGGAGAUUCGUCUAUCUGGGCUUCUUUGCUGGUCGUUGGGCGACUGCUUCCCUGCUGUAGCUGUCUAGAAUAGAAUAAUAACAGUUUCAGUAAUAGUCUAUUUUUCUAAGGUUGAAUAUAGCCUGUUAAGGUAAAUACAAGAUGACUGCAAGUCUUUAAACAUAGAAAUAGCUUGUUAGUACAAAAUAAUAUAAUGAGCUAAAAUAGCUGAAUGCCUAAUUUAGCACAGCCAAACCACUUUGUGUAGUUUAAAUAACGUGUACAGCUUUUAAGAUGAUUCAAUAAAAUUAGAGGAACAACAUCUUAGCUUUAAAAUGCCUGAAACAGUGAACAUGACUCUUGACUCUGACCUUUUAUCUUCAUCUUCAUCUUCCUCCUUGUUGCUGGUGGAUGCUUUUAUCCAGGAGAGUAGAGAGCUGCUCCCCUGGGCUGUCUGCUGUAGCUCCCUUUCUGUUUCCUUCUUCUCCUCUCCUUUCUAGGCAUGAUGCUGCAAUUGGUAAAUAAAAGGAGACAAACAAUAUGAAUAAGACUGUUUGGUUAUAUUUUAACAAGGCACAGGGCGACUUUUGCCUGUUUGUCAUUGAGCAAAUGAAUUACUGCAAGUGUUAAUUAUGUUGCCUAAUGUAAACCUACACAAUAGCCCACUAACUAAAUAUUAAUCUUUAGUAGGUCAAUAGAGCAGCACACCAAGACAACAAUUGAAUGACAUAAGACACAUUCAUCAAACUUUACUUACUUUAUUUCUCCAUGUCGUCUUGUUCGUCCAGUCUCCUUCUGCAUCACAGGGUUGGUCGUCUUCUUUGGGCUCCUCUGGACUCAUUUUGGGUGUUUGACUCUUUGGAGUUACCUGAAAACAAACAUGAAUUACAGCCCUUCAGUUACUGUGAAAAUGUGUUUUUUUUUCUUCUUAAAAGCCAGCAUAUUGUACUUAUUAACCUUUUAAGUAUUGAUAGUUAUUUACCUUCAAAUUUCCAGGAACACUCAGUACUCAUCCCCGUCAUUCAUCUCUCUUAGUGGGCCUGUCUUGCGUAGGUUUGGUCCUCCUGCGUCUUCAGUCUCCUGCUUGGCUCCUCUGGGGGUUUCUUCUCAGUGGAGGUCCUUUUCCUAAAGAAAACCAGAAUGAAAAUGAGUCCUACACUAACCUUGUUUCAUAUAAAAAAUCACUCUGGAGGAACCAAACUCACCUUUUAGACGGACUUCCGCACUAAGUGAAAAAAAUCAAGUUAAAGACAAGACAUCACAACACAAACACAUGCAUGACAACACAUUACAAGACACGAUGCUAAAAUUGCGCCACUACACAAAACAUCACAACACAGAACAUCAAAAUAAAUAACCACACAACACAACCAAGGACUUUUAGGGUAAUGCCUAAUGAGUCCAAGGUGAAGUCGUAAUUGAAGCUUCAGGUUUAUUUGUUUGUUACGGAGCCAGUGUGAGUGGAGCGAGCGGGAGAGGAGCGAGUGCGAGAGGAGCGAGCGAUUCAUCGUAAACAUCUUAGACUACAACCAUUGGAGGAGGAGAGGAGCGAGUGCGAGAGGAGCGAGCGAUUCAUCGUUAACAUCUUAGACUACAACCAGAGGGGUCUAUUGGAGCAGGAGAGGAGGAGCUGCAGAGGAGCGAGGGAUUCGUAAAAUGUAAAACUAAACUUAUCUUAUCUUAACUUAACUAUAACUUAACUUAUCUUAACUUAACUAUAACCUAACUUAACUAUAACUUAACUUCUCUUAACUUAUAUUAUCUUAACUUAACUAUAACUUAACUUAACUAUAAAUUAACUUAAAUAUAACUUAACUUAUCUUAAGUAAACAACUUAACUUAUUCUAACUUAGCAAACUAAAUUAUCUUAUCUUAAUAUAUAAAUAAAACUACGGCCCAGCGUGACCCCCAAAAGGACUCUUGGGAGUCACCUUGGACCGGUUUGACCUCAGGCUCAGGAGGGCGCGAAGAUUUUUCAUCCACUUGGCCUCAGGAGCAGCCGAGAUGAGCCGGGUGGAUGGAGGGAUGGUGGAUGGAGGGGGUGUAGGGGUCCUUCAUGGGGCCGUCCACCGCUACUUCCUCCUGGAGAGCUCCUCCGGGUCCUCCGGCUGCAGACCCACUUGUCCUCCUCAGUCAUCGGCUGGGGCAGGCAGGGGGAGGGGCUGCAGGAAGGUCCUGGGGGGAGAGGAGCAAAAAGAGGGGCAAACAGUGCGGGAGACACAAGCAAAACAAGGGCAAUCACCAGAGGAAGAAGAAAAAGAGGAGGAAGAAGAAGAGGAAGAAAAGAAAGAAGAAGAAGAAGAAGAGGAGGAAAAGGGAAAGGCACACAGAGGGAAGGGGGAAUACCAAGGAGGGGGGAAAGGAGAAGAGACAGGAGGAGGGACAAGAGGAGAGACAAGAGAAAAGGGAAUGUGAUCGACCUGGUUGUGCUCUGGCGUGGCGAACCAUGGAGUGCCGUCCAUCCCGAAGUGCACCACCUGAGACAGAAAAACCGACAAAUUCAAAAAUCUGAACUCGGCAGAAAUGGUUUUCUGGUUUUCACAUCUUUGAAAUAAAUUCAUGAAUACAAGUCAGUUCAAGAAAAAUAAAAUAAAAGACAAAUUCAUAAACACAUUUCUGUAAUUAAAAUUAUUCAGACUAUAAAAGUUUUGUAUGUUGUCUUAAAGGCAUGCUAACAGCCUCUCUAUGUUGUCAGUGUAAUUUCCUACUUACAGCUUGAGGCCUGGGGGUUGGCGAGGGUGUUGCCGGGACCCUCCUGAGCAACAGCUUCGGAAUGAGAAGAAUAAUUUCCGAGGUCCAUUUGCUGCGUCGGCGGCGGGUCUGAAGACAGAAACAACGCAGACAUUUAAAUUAAACAAGCUGUAAAUUAAAAUUAUCCAAACUAUAAAAGUUUUGUAUGUUGUCUUGAAGGCAUGCUAACGGCCUCUCUAUGUUACAGUGUAAUUUCCUACUUACAGCUUGAGGCCUGGAAGGGGACGUGGGGGGGGGCACGGGUGUUGCCGGGACCCUCCUGAGCAACAGCUUGGGAACGGACCUGUACACAGGUUGCGAGGUCCAUUUCAUGCGUCCGCUGGUCUGAAGACAGAAACAACGCAGACAUUUAAAUUAAACAAGCUGUAACAUUUGACUGUGUGGUCAAGGUCAUGAAGGAAGCAUCUGUUACAUCAGUAUCAUCAAGAGGAGAAAGUCAAUACAUUAAACACUACUAUUUCAACACUACAAUUCAUGAAUACAAGUCAGUUCAAGAAAAUAAAAUAAAAGACAAAUUCAUAAACACAUUUCUGUAAUUGAAAUUAUUCAGACUAUAAAAGUUUUGUAUGUUGUCUUAAAGGCAUGCUAACGGCCUCUCUAUGUUGUCAGUGUAAUUUCCUACUUACAGCUUGAGGCCUGGGCGGGGGCUUGGGUUUUGCCGGGACCCUCCUGCGCACCUGCCUGGGAGCGGACCUCUGCACUGGGACCGAGGUACAUUUGCUGCUGGUCUGAAGACAGAAACAACACAGACAUUUAAAUUAAACAAGCUGUAACAUUUGACUGUGUGGUCAAGGUCAUGAAGGAAGCAUCUGUUAUAUCAGUAUCAUCAAGAGGAGAAAGGCAAUACAUUUGAUUUUGUAUUUAGUUUUUAAUCAGCAGGUUAGUUGUGCAAUAGAAAUAAAUUAACAUCAAUGCAAUACCCCCUGUUAAGAAUUAAUAUUUUUAGUAUGUCUAUUUCAGUCAUUUUAUUUCAUUGGGAGAAGGCUGCAUAUUUUCAGGAUUCAAUAAUAAGAAAAUCCGCAGUUUUCAGUUUGAUAAAAACUGAUUUCUACAAAAGGACAGUGUUUCGAUUACACUUAAGGUGGGUUUUUCCCUGUUAAAAACAUAAUGAAGUUUUAAAUAUUGUGGUAGAAAACACACACUUGAUUCAUGAAAUCAUAAAAACACAACAGUUUUAAAGGCUGUACAUAAUAAAUGUCUGUUAACUUAAUAUUGUCUGUUUUUGUAACUUUAAAUAGGUUUAAAUGAGAUUCAUAGGAUUUUUUCGUCACUUAGGCCUAUUGGAGCACUUUAAAAUAAAAAAAGGUCUAACUAUGAUGUCUUUUUAGUUCAUUUUGUUGAAUUUUAUGAUGACUGACAAAUCUUUACACUUUUGAAGGUGUCCCUUAUUUCAACACUACAAUUCAUGAAUACAAGUCAGUUCAAGAAAAUUAAAAUAAAAGACAAAUUCAUAAACACAUUUCUGUAAUUGAAAUUAUUCAGACUAUAAAAGUUUUGUAUGUUGUCUUAAAGGCAUGCUAACAGCCUCUCUAUGUUGUCAGUGUAAUUUCCUACUUACAGCUUGAGGCCUGGAGGGGGACGUGGGGGAGGGCACGGGUUUUGCCGGGACCCUCCUGCGCACCUGCCUGGGAGCGGACCUCUUCACUGGGACCGAGGUACAUUUGCUGCUGGUCUGAAGACAGAAACAACGCAGACAUUUAAAUUAAACAAGCUGUAACAUUUGACUGUGUGGUCAAGGUCAUGAAGGAAGCAUCUGUUACAUCAGUAUCAUCAAGAGGAGAAAGUCAAUACAUUUGAUUUUGUAUUUAGUCUCUAAUCAGCAGGUUCGUUGUGCAAUAGAAAUAAUUAACAUUAAUGCAACACCCCCUGUUGAAUUGAUCAUUCUGGUAUGUCUAUUUCAGUCAUUUUAUUUCAUUGGGGAAAAGACUGCAUAUUUUCAGGAUUCAAUAAUAAGAAAAUCCUCAGUUUUCAGUUUGAUAAAAACUGAUUUCUACAAAAGGACAGUGUUUCGAUUACACUUAAGGUGGGUUUUUCCCUGUUAAAACAUAAUAAAGUUUCAAAUAUUGUGGUAGAAAACACACACUUGAUUCAUGAAAUCAUAAAAACAUAUUUAUGUGGAACUUUAUCAAACUUAAUUUUAAAACCUGUACAUAAUAAAUGUCUGUUAACUUAAUUUUGUCUGUUUUUAAAUAGAUUUACAUGUAAUUCAUAGGAUUUUUUUUGGUAACUUAGGCCUAUUGGAGCACUUUAAAAUAAAAUAGGUCUAACUUUGAUCUAUUUUUAGUUAAUUUUGUUUGAUUUUUUUAAGACUGACAUAUCUUUAAACUUAUGAAGGUGUCCUAUAUUUUAACACUUCAUUUCACUGCUUUAAUCCGGUUCUUUCGUUGUAAUUAGAUUGAAAAUAGCUUGUGUUCAGCGUUAUUUUUCACCUGAUAGCAUUGGUUGGUAUAAAAGAAACCGUCAAAUAAGUUUCAGGCUGACAUCUUUAAAAAGCCAAGAAGACAAAAAUAUCUUUGACGAAAACUAAACUCAGAGAUUUCUAACAAUAACAUGAACUUUUCUGCUCUUAAACAUACAGGACAGGACCACAGCAGGACUUUGGGUUCGUCAUACAAUGUCAAUGCAUCACUUUUAAGCUAGCUAUUCCCAAAGUCUCGACGAUAACAAGUUUUCAUGAUAAUGUUGUCAUUCAUUCUUACGGUCUUCAUGUCGUCGGUGUUGUCCUCUCUGUUCAGAUGUUUGUCCGCUGGAAAUCAGUCGUCUGGGGAGGUUUUAAUCAAGAUGGAGCUGCCAAAGCCGUCAAAAGCUGAAAGGUUGUAAGCCACUUCAGUUUUUCGUGCUGUAUUCUUCAGAUUUGAUCUUCAGAAUGACCGCUCUCUUUGGCUUGUAAUGAUGUAAAGUUUUUAACAUCGUCACGGGUUACCAUGGAGAUUUAAAAUGCUGUUUUCUUUAGAAAAACACUUACGCUGGUAGAUUAUAUCAAAAAGUUUAAUAUCAACUUUAAUUCACUUUAAUCUCAAAGCAGGAAUAUAAAUAUCUCUUGAAGUAAAGUGGAGGUUAUUUUUGUCAUAUAGUUUAAGAGUUUAAAAAGUAUCUUAAAUCAAAAACCUUUGUUAUUUCUUUACAAAACUACUCCUUUUUGACUAUACUAUAGCUUAGUAUGUCUCAUAGGUAAUCCAACAAAAACUGGAAACUUUGUGUUUAAUUAUAAUUUCCACCGAAUAUUUUUACUUAAAUCAAAAUUUCAUACCUUUAAAUAUGUUUUUGACAACAUUUGAGGUCAGUAGAUUUUCUUUUAAAAUAUAGGCUACUAAAAAUACCCUUUAUAUUCCUUAUAUUCCUAUCAUAUCAAUAUUUUAGAGCAGUAGCUACAUCUGUAAAGCACUUUCUGACCCUGUUUUGAAAAACACUAUAAGUUGAUAAUUGUUAUUUUACAUUGCCUAUUAUAAAGCACCAAAAAGGCCAUAAAGAUAUCUAAUUUUGAACUUAAAUAAAAAUAAAAAAAUAAAAAUAUCACAUUAGCUCUGAGCCAAAAUAUCUUCUUCACUUAAGUAGAAAGAUGACUAUUUUCCUGUGAUGGUACUUUAUACUAAUUAACACAGAGAAGUCAUUACAUGCUAUUAUUAAUUGAAAAAAUCUUUCUAAAUCGGCAUAAAAGAUAAAAGAUAUUAUUAUGAAAUAUAAUCUAAAAAUACUUCAUACUUCAAAAAUUUUAACAUUGUUGCUGUCUUCACUAUUACCUUAAAGAUCUCAGCAUUCAGCAAAGCAGAAGCCUGGAUUGCAGGACAACAUCUUGCUCCACUUCUCCAUCAGAAGAUGCUUUUCCAUCACAGGAACUUUCCCCAGGACAUCUGUGCACCUUCACCCAGGGACCGGGGUCCUCUGGGGUGAAAGAGCUACCCCUUACAAAGCCCCUUCGUAGGGAGUAGUACUUUUCAGAGGCCCAGGAACUUUUGGAAGCAGGUCCUGAUGUUUUAUUUUACAUAAAAAUAACAAGUGGUUAAUUUACAUGUAAAAUACUGAUAACACACAGAUGCUCACACAGAGGAGGGAAGAGAAAUUCUGGUUAAUAUCCUACAUAACCCAAAGUGAUAGCAGUAAUAACAGUAACAGUAAAACUAUGUCCAUACAUGACUUUUUCCAAUUCAAUCACAGACCUAAUAUAUCAUCAGACAGCUUUCACAUCUGUGUCGAGUCAUUUUCAUUAUUUACCAAGGACUAAGAAGAGAUGGAAACUACAUUCUUUGCCACAGCUGAGGAGAAAUGUGCUGGACUCCUUCUAAUGGAUUGAUUGAAUAUGAUCAGGUUUUCCUUAAAGUCACUUUUGCUGGCAAAAAAAAAUGACUUAUGGAGUUUUGACCAAUCAGAAUCAAAUAUUUAACACAUUUGAGUAGUGUUGAAAUUCAUUAACUUGGAUUUAUAACAAUUUUAUUAAAUUAAAAUCUGAUCCCGUGUAAUUUAAACAGUUAAAAAUUUGUCAAAUGUUGUGGGUGCGUUAGGCAUUACGCAUUAGCUUCAAUUCACACCUUUUAUGGAUGGUUAAUCAAUUUAUAUACUGUAUUUUACCCAUUUGGAGGAAUACUGUUAUGGCCUCUAUAUGUUUUCAGAGGAGAGGAAAUCUUGAUGACUGCUGAAAGUAAGUAUACGCUAUAAAUGAGAUAACCAAAAUACUGUAUCAGUGUGCAGGUCACAUACUUUGAGUUAAGACUUCAGCCUUGAGCUAUAGAUGAUAACUAGAGAUGCACAAUGCUGUCUGCAUCAAUAAACAUACAACUGAAUACUUAAAACUGAAUAUAUCUAUUAUUUCUGUUUGAAUCAAAUGUCUUGAUUUAUGUCAGUUUUUAAAAAGACUGUCACAGUCAGAGUAACAGAUAGAUUCUAUAACAGGAGAAAUAUUGGGUUCUUAUAUCAGUAUUGAUAUUUGGAUCAGCCAACACGACUUUGUAUAUCUAAUAUAUCCAACAUUGUGCAUCUCUUGUCCUAGAUAGAAAGGGUCAUUAUGUAGGUCACUGUUCAUUUGUCAGAGUGUGAGUAUGUGAGAGUGUGCACAUACUUCAUGCCAACCCAGCAAAACUUGCCCCUGCUUUGACAAUACAGGUCUCAUAACAGAGGUGGGAUAUUCUCUGUGUUGUCAAAACCCUCAUCUGCAAACUGUAGUUAGAGAAAAAUAUAAACAAUCUAACCGAAAUGGCAAGCAUUUUUUGACACAUAUGUUGCUAAUCCUCAAAUAGUAGAAAACUGAUUUUAAGCCUUUGGACAUUGAACUCGAGGGGCUCAGUAAGAUCUGGAAGUCAACAGUGAACAGGUUUUGAAAUAAAAAUAUGAUCUAAAUGGUGAAUUAUAAAAAUUUAUUGAGGGAGAGAAAUAAUGUGAUUCCUAACAUGACUUGAGCUGUUUUUUUUCUCGUCGUUUGUUGAGUUUUAUAAACUUUGGAUGGUAGACUCAGUCCGAACGUGGUGACCGUGGACAUCCAGAGUCUGAACACACAGACUCGUGCUGUAUGUCGCCGGGUGCGGUGGCGCGCGCCUGUAAUCCAAGUCCCCGGGAGGCUGAGUCUGGAGGAUCGUUUGAGUUCAGGAGCUCUGAGCUGCAGUGCACUAUGUCGAUCGGGUGUCCGCACUAAGUUCGGUAUCGAUAUGCUGAUCCUGGGGGAGCCCGGGACCAGCAGGUCGUCUAAGGAGGGGUGAACCGGCCCAGGUCGGAAACGGAGCAGGUCAAAGCCCUCGUGCCGCUCAGUAGUGGGUUCGCGCCCGUGAAUAGACGCUGCAGUCCAGCCUGAGUGAUACAGCGAGACUCAGACUUUUGACACUCUGAACACGGACCAACAAACAUUUUUAUACUGUCAAUGGUAGACUUUGUACCGGUUACAUCACUUUCAGGUCUGAUUCUGUUGUUUCUUCUUCCCAUCAAAACCUGCACAGAGCAACUGUGUGUGUUUGACCUGCAGCGCCUCCACCUGGAGGACACACGCAACGACC